UUUUGUGAUUUUGCUUUUGUUUUCUUCGAUUUUUUUCAUCAGCCGUUUUUUUGUCGCUUGUAGGUCACGAUUCAAACUGGAAAAUAGAGAAGUCUCCCUCUACAAGAAUUCUUUGUUCAUCGAGUGGAAGAAUUUCGGCGUUCGAGGCCAUCCGAUCCGAUCCGAUCCUCAAGCUGGCUAUAUAUCUUCUGUUGGUACAGCGCCAUGGGACAGGUCCUUGGCAGACUUCAAGGUAAGCUGUGGAGGCAAAAGAUAGUGAGGCAAAUAACCGAUAGGGUCUUCGAUCGUAUUAAGAAUGAUUCAGGAAGCGCUAAUUUGAAAUUCGAAGAUUUAUACAUCGCUGUCCUACUUGUGUUCAAUUUUUCAUGUGGUAGUGAUAUCAAUAAGCGUUUACCCGGACCGCAUUUUGAUCCACCCUCCAAAGAGCAUGUCAAAACUAUCAUUCAGAUCUGUGAUCUCAACCUUGAUGGAGAAAUUGAUCGUGAGGAAUUUGUGGGAUUUAUCCUACAGCUGACAACUGAGACACUCAUGGUUGUUAGUCAGGGACUGAUGCUCACUUUGGUUAUGGCACCUACAAUUGCAGUGGCCACAAAGAAUGCUACUGAGGGUGUCCCAGGAUUUGGAAAGAUGGUGAAGAAGUUGCCUAAUCCAGUUUAUGCAUCCCUAGUGACACUUGCAGUUAUGUUGUUUCAACAAUCAUGUCUGCACUCCAAAUAGAGUGUUAUUAAAUUUAAGCUGAAUUGAUCUAUAUUGGACAUGCAAGGAUCUGUAUUUAUUUUCAUGCUAUUUGUAGUUUGGAUUGUUUCAAGGAUUAUGGUCCAAAGAAUUUUAAUCUUGCUUUUGAAUUUUAA